GGAGGUCAAUACAUUUCUCUCUCUUUCUCACUCUUUCUUUCUUUCUCUCUGUCUCUUUCUCUCUCUCUCACACACACACACGCAUCUGUAUGAAAUUGAUCUUAUACAUGCUUUGUGCAUGUCUUGGAUGAAAGACAGACUCCAGGAGAUCAUGAACUUCAUAUUUCUAGGGUGUUUUCUGCUCUUUUUGGUAAACCUCUCAGCCACAGCUGAAUUGCAAAUCCAGCAGAAGCCCAGGUUUUAUGGUGUAAAAGUGGGAAAAACCAUAGGAUUUACGUGCUCCGCCUCGGAUCAGACUCUCGGCCAGGCGGUGGUGAAGUGGUACAAGAUUGACCAAUAUGACAAGAAAAAAGUGGAGAAGGGUGAUAUGUCGGAAUUUAAGAAUCCCAGAUCAUACAUGGGUUCUGGUAACAUGAAGGGUCAGUUAUUCAUCAAAAACGUCGAGGUCAAAGACAGCGGCGUUUACUACUGCAAGAUGAACAGUACCUGGGGACAUGGAACAGAACUACAAGUAUUCAGACUCAACAAUCGAAAAGCGGCUGAAAGGAGGAACAGUGUAAAGGACAUGAUCAUUUUCUUCCAGGGUUUUCUCCUCAUGAUGUGUAUAAUCAUUCCAUUGAUCUGGUAUUACAGACUGGAGCAAAAAGAGGAAGCUGUAUAUGAAGAGCCUGAGCAUGAUCACACAUACGAGGGUUUGGAGGUUGAGCACUGUGGGGAUCUUUAUGAAGACCUGACUGCAUUUUCUCCAAACCCAGAUGCAGAGGCAUCCUGGGAAAUCGAGUCUCCAGAACAGGAGUGAUGAAGUGGUGGAGUAGAGUACGUGUGGUGUAGUAGGCAAAUACAAUGACAUUUCUCUUGGAGAAACUCUUUUUUUUAAAAAGCAUAUUAGAAAAGUAUUUUAUUUUUUAUUUUCAUCAUGUACCAUGCUUCAUUUUUCACACAUAUAAUAUAAUAUAAUAUAAUAUAAUAUAAUAUAAUAUAAUAUAAUAUAAUAUAAUAUAAUAUAAUAUAAUAUAAUAUAAUAUAGGCAAUAAGUCUUGCACUUGGCAGUUAGUUUCUUCCUUUUGUUUCAUUAAAUAGCAAGAUCUGCUUGUUUUUAUUCACCAGCUUAAGCUUGGUUUGUUGAAAUUCUUCAUUCUUUGGUGCUGUGUAUAUUAGUAAUAAACAUAUUUUUUGAGAAAAUCUUCGUGGCAAGGCCUCGACAUGAGAUUUGUUCCACCAGAAUAAAGACAUGUGGCCAUCAGCUGUGUUCUCUUUCCAUUCAUAUCUAUUUCCAAACCAGACGGUCAGAUGAUUUUCCACAAAGUAAAACAAAACCUAUACUCCCAUUCAUGCUCAAACAUGACGAUGUAAAAUAUAUGAACUCAAAAGUAAAAAUGCUGAUUCUUUACAUGUUUUAAUUAUUUUUUUUAAAAAAGCAUGCAUGCAGGUUUAAAAC